AAGAUACAUAUCGAUGGUACAUGGAAAAGAAGUGUUACUAAUUCACCAACUUAUCAUGAAACGAAAGGAGCGUUUGUUUCAAACUUUAUUUAAAGGACCUAUCUAUCACACAUCAAUAUUAUUACUAUACUACUUUCUAAUUGCAGUAACAUACCAACAACAUGAGGACCAUUUUCCUUUUCCUCUUCAUCUCCAUGGCAGCAUUAGAUGCAAAAGCAUCUCACGUAAAUUCUAUUUCCAACCAAAUCCACCAGUUGAGGCCGAAAACCGGGUCCUCCGGCCACCCCGUGCCUCAACUCAACUGCCUGAGCUGGCGUCUAGCAGUUGAGACCAACAACAUAAAGGACUGGAAAUUAGUGCCCCUUCAAUGCGAAGGCUACGUGGGGCACUACAUGCUUGGCAAACAAUACCGCGAAGACUGCUACAAUGUAGUCGCCACGGCUAUCCAGUAUGCCAAGACACUCAAAAUUGCCAAAGAUGGCAAGGAUGUUUGGAUAUUUGAUAUUGAUGAAACCACUCUCUCUAACCUUCCUUAUUACGCUCGUUCUGAUGUUGCCUUUGGGGCAAUUAAAUUCAAUGCGACGAAAUUUGACGAGUGGACUAGAGAAGGAAAAGCACCAGCAGUACCAGGUGCACUGUAUCUGUACAAAGCAUUGUUAUCUAUGGGUAUUAAACCAGUCUUUAUCACUGGAACGAAGGAGGAAUUCAGACAAAUAAGGAUUGCCAACUUAAAGAAAGUUGGCUACAAUUCAUGGAUUAAGCUCGUCUUGAAGGGAGUAAAUGAUACCGGAUCAUCGGUGAUGUACAAGUCAGCGAAAAGGGCGGAGUUGGUGAAAGAUGGAUAUAGAAUCGUUGGUAACAUAGGAGAUCAGUGGAGUGAUUUGCUUGGGGACUAUGUUGGUCAGCGCACCUUCAAGUUGCCGGAUCCCAUGUACUACAUUGCUUGAAAAUUGAAACUUGAUCAAAUUAACCGAACCUUAUUGCUUGUUAUAUUCGAGUCAUGAUUUAUUAUGUAUUCAAAAGCAAGCUCUCCAUUUUGUUUUGACAUA